CUGGGGGAUGAAUAUGUGAGUGUGACUUCGGUCUCAUAUUAUUUUGAGGUAUUUCCACCCUAGGCCUAGCGUUUGUGCUACGUUUGCUUCAGCGUAGUUCUAGUAUUGCUUCUCCUCGUUAUUUUUGUGUAGCUUUUGUGCCUUCACCGACACCGACUUUGUUUUUGCGGUCGUCCUUGGUUUGGCUCCUUCGAAGCAGGACCGCGCCGCUGCUGCCUCAACAAAGUGCUGGGCCACUCCUCUCUAAUAAGUACCGCCUUUCUUGUUCAAUGCUGGAGAUCUUUAGCGCUGAAUCCCGCGUCACCCUUUUGCAGAAAUGCGACGAUCUGGACGACGUCCGAAGAGCGCUGGGUUAUGAAAGCCUCAGAAUGGAAAUCCUCAAAGUGGAAUUGGAAAUAAUUUGUGAUGCAUGAAAUGCGACGCAAAAAAGACUGUAUCGCAGAGGACGCAAUGGAGGCCAACUAUUGCCGCCCUUCUACGGGUGAAGAAUUGGAGUGCUGAUUAGCACGAGAGAAGGGCACCCCUUUGCGUUAGCCAGCAUGACAGACAUGCUUUGAGUGCCCGGGAAAUUUGUCAUGCGCCUCCUAGAAGUGGCACUUCAACUGGAGUGGUUUUUUGCAUUACAAACUAUGUUCACUUUGAGGAUUUUCGACCUGAGGCUUUCAUAUGGGUCAGGACGUAAUUCCAAGGUUUCUCUUGACCCUUUCCAGAAUUAUCCUGUGCAAAAGCAUCGGACUCCUACUAAUCGCAGUCAUGCAAGACAAAUUUCAUUUUCUAGCUAAAUCAGCAUGACAAAUUCUCUUUGUCAUGCUGAGGUAAUUUGUGUUGCAAAAAUACUACGAGUACGAUAAUUUUGCAGUUCAUAAGAAUCCGCACGGAGCUAAACGCAGUCGCCGAGGAGCUGGAGCAAGCGGAUGCGCAAGCGCAGAAGGGCUACGGCCGGAUCACGCUGGACUUGCAAGAACAGUGCGAAAUCAUGGAUCUCACUUUGCAGAGGUAUUAUUAUUAAUUUUUUGCCCAUUUGGUUCUUCUUCCGUCGUGGGAGAUGUAUCAAUUGAGAUGGAAAUGUAAUUGACUGUGAGACGAGAUGAGAACAUUCAUAGUAUGUCUAUGCUUUUGUUUGUGUUACUGUGAGUAUCUCAAUCCACUUUUUCCGGUUCUUCACUAGAAAAUGGCUCGGAAACUAGUACAAUCAAAUGUAUUACAGAAUAGAGGCCACGUAUCUUCCAGACAGUCCUGACGACCAUAGGAAAUUUCGGGAGUGGUCCUACGAGGUAUGCGGGCUGUACGAGGAAGCGCGUGCAAUGUUGCAGCAGUACAACUUGGAGUCACUAGCGUCCCGCGAGGGAAAAGGCAAUGGGUGCCAAACUGCGGCCGACAGCAGUGCGGCGUCGCACCCGACCACAGUUCUGGCAAUACCAAGUGGAAAAACACAGGAAAGGGGAAAAAUUCAAAAUUUUUGUAUCUUGCAAAGGCAGCCCCAUUCCGAAAUCUAAUGGCACAGGGAUGGCCGGGCCCACCUGUCCGAUGGCCCGGCGCGAUCUCCUAGCGGCGGCGCUUCUGCCUGUUGAGUUCCAGCAAAGCGCAGCCAUCCACUCUCCGCAAGAUCGGCACAUCGUCGCCAAUAUUUUUGCGCCCCAAUUUUUGCUCGCCGCGUUCGUACCGGAAGUCGGGCGCCUGCUUUUCUGCCGAACACGAACCCGCCCGAGGCAGGGGCCAUCAAAAAGAGCCCAAAAGCGAGGCCUCUUUUUGGCCAAAUCUGGGGGACAUAGGUCGGGUUACAAAUCCACAGGAAUGCCCAGAAAUGAGGGCAACCCCGGACGCGACAAUGGCGCGGCCGAUUUGGGCCGAAAACCCGGCAGUUUUGGGCCGAUUUGAGCGCCCAACGCGACAACGCGGCCGAUUUCGGCCGAUUUGGGCGCGACAAUGGCGCCGCCUGGGGCCCGGCAGUGAUGUUAAAACGGAGCGCCUGCGUUUUCAAAUUGUAGACAGGCCCGGGGGCAGGCCUUCUGCGUAGUGUGUCUUUUGAUACGCCGCGAGCGGUUUUUCGGCCCGGCGUUUGUGAUUCCGGCGCAAAUCACCAACGCCAUGCGCAUGCGUUUGGUUCUCACCUCUUUCAAAAAUGAGGCAUGGCAAAAUUUUGAAAUUUUCCCCUUUCCUGUGUUUUUCCCCUUGGUAGGCAAGCUUGGCCUCACAUUUGCAGAAGGUUUUCAGCUGCACGGAACCGAGGAAAGCGCGAGGAGGCAAACGGAGAUUGCACUAGUGGUUCAUCUCGUUGUGUUUCGAUUCAUCCUAGUACUUUGGACCCGCCUAGUUGGUGGUACCAGCCGGUAUACACUUGCGAGACUUGUUCGCCGCCGUGUCGCGAUUACAACAGCUGGUGCGGCGUCGCACCCGACCACAGUUCUGGCAAGCUUAUGCCUUGGACGGGCGUUAGCAUACAGAAGGGUGAAUCUGCAGUGAAUUUGUAUUGCGUGGCAAUGCAUGAGCUAAUCACGUGCAUGCGAAGAACACGUGGAAAACAAGCAGCCAGCGCGCCGUGUUGAUGGGCUGCUUGGCUGGUGACGCUGCCCUCCUGUGGACGCUUGCCGCUUGUUGCCCAAAGAGGCGCACCUGGUGGACUGCGAAGCAACACAGGUGGCUUGUGGCGCCGGUAUUACAGCACAAUACUCCAUGUUGGUCCACAGACUCGAUGGUGGCGGAUCGAUAGGGAGGGCCAUGCCUGGAAAGGGGGGCAGGGGCAGUGGCUCAAUAUCUCAAAAUAGAGAAGUCGCGUCACGGGUCGUUGCUGUCUCGGCCUGAACAUCUGGAGACGCGUUGACGUGACCCCCAGGUCAGGAGUCUUCUUGGUGAAUUUUGGGGCUUUUUGUUUUGGCGAAACUUUUUUGAAGCACCAAAACCCGGAGUUUCUCGUGCGUUAGCGAAUUUUGAAUAGGCACCUUGGGCCAAAAUUCACCCACGGCUUUUUCAAAAUUCACCCCAAAACUCACCGGGCGCCCAUUUUCGACCGUGAUAAACAAACUUUAGCGCAGAAAAGUGCUCAAAAAAGUGCACAGGUAGGCCCUGGGAAGUGGGGCCGGGGGGGAAAGACAGGCGCCCUCUGCUGCCCUCAGCCCGUCUAUAUUCUGCCGAAAAGGCCUGGAGAGUUCACGCACCUGCCGGAUAGACGCGUCAAAGCUCUCGGCCUGGUCCUUUCACCCUUGCUCUCGCGCCUUCAUCUUGCCUAAACUGUAUGUGCUUCGCGGCUCUUGUUUUUCGCGUCUUUGCCACGGCUGCUGCAGUGCCUGCUCUUUUGCAAGCACAGGAAGACGAAAAGACAUGGCCAAAGAACGACGCCCAGGCCAUGUCCAGCUGCCUGCCGCAUAGCCGGCGAGUUCUGCGGUGUGCAGAACGCUCUUCCCAGAAGGGCGAGAGGGACAAUGUCCCGGCAGUCUCCUCUGCUAUUUGUCAUGCAAAAUUCACUAGAGAUUCGCCACGUCUCAUGCUAACGCGUGUUAAAGCUCUAAGCAGUGCGGCGUCGCACCCGACCACAGUUCUGGCAAGCUUGGUAUCCAUAGUAAAUUUCCUGUACAUGUACAAUUCGCCUGCUUUUCUGCCUUUAAAAAAUGACGCAAAAAAAUUGCAUUUCAAAAAAUUUCAAACCAUGCAUGACGAUACGCACACAAAAAGCACGCACAUGCAGCCGGGAUGGCAGUAAAUGUCCUAUGCUGGUGGUGCCUGUAGCCAAUUUAGCUAGCUAAAGACGCUGCCAGGUUCCGCGCGAGAUCCAUGCACCGACCGCCAUGGGCCGCACUUCCGGGCGGUGUUGUGUGUUUUCCCAAAAGGAGGCGAUCGCGCCCGAACAGCCAAGCCCGACGCUUUUGGCGCGAUUACACAUCACAGCAGUUCCCACCUUCAGGCCCAUACUUUUCCCUUCUUCGUCUUUCCGGGCGUUAAAAGUGGAACCACACGCCGCAAAUCCAUCGCGGGCGUCUGAGUAAAUCCAUCCGAACCACAUCAGGGGCCUCCGGCUUCGGAGCGGCCUGCUAGCUCUCGUACGGCGCGGCCCGUAAAUAUUUCAAAGCCGGGGCCGCUACUGGGCCGAUUGUCUUCGCCCAGAUUGCUGCCUCCAUGUCCCCGCGCCACCUGGCUGCGACAUACGGCAAGACGGAUGGGCCUGCGGCGUUGUGUUUUCAAAUGCGGGCUGGUUGGAGAGGGAUGGUCGGAGAGGGCUGGUCGGAGAGGGUUGGUUGGAGAGGGAUGGCACCGUGCGUCCGGAUCUCACUAGCAAUACCAUGCCGGGUAGAUAUAUUCAGUCGGCAGCACCCGAGAAAGCUGCAACUUUUUUUUUUUCGAAGCCGCGUUUCUUUUCAAUUUUGCAUGACAAACAGUGGUGAUUUGUACAUGUACAGGAAAUUUACUAUGGAUACUUGGCCUCACAUUUGCAGAAGGUUUUCAGCUGCACGGAACCGAGGAAAGCGCGAGGAGGCAAACGGAGAUUGCACUAGUGGUUCAUCUCGUUGUGUUUCGAUUCAUCCUAGUACUUUGGACCCGCCUAGUUGGUGGUACCAGCCGGUAUACACUUGCGAGACUUGUUCGCCGCCGUGUCGCGAUUACAACAGCUGGUGCGGCGUCGCACCCGACCACAGUUCUGGCAAGCUUGGCCUCGCAUCUGCAGAAGGUUUUCAGCUGCACGGAGCCGAGGAAAGCGAGAGGAGGCAAACGGAGACUGCACUAGUGCUUCUCGUUGUGUUUCGAUUCGUCCUACUUCGGCCCCGCCUAGUUUGUGGUACUAGCCGGUAUACGUAUAGUAAACUUGCGAGGCUUCGCCGCCUUGUUGCGAUUUUUACAGCAGCUGGUGCUCCUUGUUUACUUGUUCCGAGCGACUUAGUUUUUCUUCUGCGAAACCACGUCAAAAAUGCCUUCCAAUCACAUUUCUGGUACACCAUGGGGAAUAAAAUUUUGGUUUUCAACAGUUUUCGACUUUCUGCAAAAAAGUUUAAGGUUCUGUUUGCGUCAAGAAAACUACUAAUCUUCACAACGUGUUGUAUCUUCAUCAUGUCUGUCCGCAAACUUUUCCAACAGAGCCAUUGGCUCCUGUAUCUCAAUCUCUGCCUUACAGCUUCUUCAUCUUGUUGUAGACGGCAGAGGGAAGAAAUGGAUUCACUUUUGGUCCUGCGCAUACUCCCC